AAUGGGUCAUGGGUUAGUCGCAACUAACUUAUCCCAUUCAUUUCAGUGUAUCUGCUGUAUGUAGGACUAACAUUGGGUAUUAGUUGCUGUCACUUCUCCUACAUUGCAUGGACUUUGAUUAUGCCUUUGCAUGGGAAAGGCAUCCUGCAUCUGGCAUGCUUUCACAAGAAGUUUUUCAAUUACUCUAGUAACCUGCCGCAUUCAUAGAAUUUGACAAGGAUGUGUGUGUCCCGCUAACAUUUUCUGCUCAUAAUCCUCCUGGGCUUUCCCACUGUUUCUUCCCCCUUUUUCUUGCCACAGCAAAUCUAUUAACUGCAAAAAGUCAGAACAGCUGUACAAUGGUCCGUGACUGGUCAUGUUCCUGUUACAGGGACUGGUCUAUUCAAAGAUGGGUACCAAUGGUUGAAGUAUCACCGAUCCCCUGAUACCCUGUCUCGAGGUAACGCAGCACGGGAUGGGUGAUAACCCACAGGAGGAAGAGCACCUACCAUUGAAGCCACUAGAAGCAGGAAUGAGAGGCAAUUCUUUGGAGAGCUCCAAUUUUCAUCCUUCCCAUCAGUUGACUCCUCAAGGACAAGUUGAUGAUGAAUGCACCAGGGCCCAACCGCUGAACAACAUUGGAAAAGCUGGAGCUCGUCUAACAUGCUCAUAUGAAGACAACAACUGCCAGAAAAAAGCCAAGCUUGUUGCUAGAAGCCAUGCUAGUCCGAACCUUGUUUCUCCCUUCGCUCAGAUGCUGGAGCUGCAGAGGAUGUCUUAUGGACAUGCCUUUUCGAGUCUAGAUCUCCACAGCCAGUGUUCCUUCAACAUGCCACAAUUCAGAAGUGCUUCAAGUAACCCCGAGGAUGCCCAUUCUGCACCAUACGUGCCUCUCUGUACCCCUGCUGGCCCUGGAGAGAAUCUGCUGCAAUCUUCAUCACUCCUGGGAUUCUGCCACCAAAACAAUCAUGAGCGUGUGUCCCUUGCUGACAGCAGCAGAGUCACAGUUCUCUACGCUGAACUGAUCCGAGAACUCGAACGGCAGAUGGGGGAGCUGCGAAGAAUGCUGGCCUCCCAAGAAGAGGUCGCAGCACGGCAGGAGAAGAGAAUCCAGGAGCUGGAGCUGGAGAACCACAAGCUGAAAGGCCUGCUCUGGCACUUAGAAGAACAGAAUGAUUUUCUGUCCAUCAGGAAUGGAGCAGGUGGAACAGCGCCAGCCAGGAUGGUGCUGGGCACAGCACCCGAUCGCUUUGAUGUUAAUGAAAGCAAUAUUCAGUUCCUCAAAAGCCUAGUGGGGAUGCUGGAGAAUUUCACAGCUACACAGGUCAGUGGUCGGAGCUCACCAUCUUCUCCAGAAGAUCAGAGUCAUACCCCAGUCCCUAGCCCAAAUACCUCUUACAGUUGGAGUUCCCGAAACACAGUACCCACUGGGCUCUCACCCUGGAUAAAUGCAGAAGGCAGGUCAAGAAGUCCCACUGGGCUCAGCAGUGCCACCAGUUUGUGGAGUAGCCGCCAAGAGAAACUCUCUGAUGGGACUCCAGUAUGGGCAUCACCAGUGGAGGAGAAUGGCAGGGUCAAGCUGGAAUUGGUCCCCAAUGCAAGAGUCUACAUCACUCACCACCAGCUGGAGGACCUGUCCCAGGUCUCCGCUGACAAACCGGAGCUGAUGACACGACGUCUCCUGGAUUACUUCUUCUCACGUGAAACUCUUGCCCGGUCUUCGGCCACAGGGCAGCGCAUUGCCCAUAACAACCUGACCAUGGAAAAGCCCAGCCCCUUGCCGGUUGCUGUGGUAAAUGCUAUCAAAGAAUACGUCACCAAAACAUGUGGCAGAGGCUGCAAUUUCAAUGCAGUGAUCAACAGCAAAUGUGGGACUUCCCGAAGGGCGGUUAAGAAAAUGAUUUCCCCUGACAGUCAACAUGGACUGAAUGGAGUUACAGCCAAGACUCUCCAGGAACCUCUCAAAGGGUAGAAGGAUGCAUUUUGUGGGACAAAGAGCAAUAUGGUGCUGAUUCAUAUUCUUGCUAAUGCAGUUAAUACUGGCAGAUGUAGAAGAAGGUCGAUGGUCGUAAAUUUUCAGGAGAUAGAAUGCAUAAUACAGUAUUUCUGCUGAAAUUACAGCAAACAGGAUGAUCCCAGCACUCAUCCUCUAUAAAUUAUGGCAGAUUUCCUUUUUGCGGGAAGGGGACAAAUAUCCCUCAAAUAUUUGAGACUGAUGAACUGUCCAGUCUGACGACACAGCAAACUCUCAGUUUGUCCUAAUCUAUUACCUGGGAUGUGUUUAAUGCCAGAAAUUUACAAUUUUCUAUGAGUCUUAUCUAUACAUUAUGCAGAGUUGGGCAUCUAAUGACUCUCUUUCUCACCUGCAAGUCCCAGGAGCCCUACUCAGCAUAGCCAAUGGCCAGAGAUGAUGCAGACCAAUGCAUCUAGAGGGUCAGAAGUUGUCUACCCUUGUAUUAUGGCCUCUUGCUUUAAACCCUAAAUGAUUCCAUCACUCUCCCAGAUUUUUUUUCAAUUUACUAGCAAUUCAAACUAAUAUUUAGUUUCAGUUGCAAAUUGUUUAAUCCUUCUAGCCUUGUAAUUUGCCCAUGGUCCAUGUCCAUGAGACUCUUGAUAUUACUUUGAUAGAAGCAGAAUAAGUCACCCUAUACAAGUCAGCUCAGAAGCCCCAUUGAGUUUAGUAGGACUUACUCCCAGAUACACAUGCACAGGAUUGCAGCCUAGAGCAGAUACUCAUCACAAAAAUCAGUCACUGCUACCCAUCCUCUCCUGCAAACUGCUCUUUACAGCUGUCGUCAUGGUACUACUUGGUACUGAAGGAAGAUUGUAUCAAGGCUUUACCGUCAAUAAAUGUUGUAUUUGUUGUAAAUAAGACAAAUUUCAAAACUGGAACAUAACAAUAUGGGUUUAUUUUUCUUUCCUGCCUAUCUUUCAAAUUGGUCUUUUCCCCAAGAUGGUGGAAGGAUAGAAUGGGUGGGACAUGAGAGUUACUAACUUCAUGAGGGCAACAGGACAGGGAUUGUGAUUGGUGGGUGGACUUGUCUAUAUUCUAAGCCCACACAGAGCAGAAGUUGCGAGGUUAGUUGGCCUCCUGUCAGCUAGCUUAAGCAUACAAUACAUAAGGCACAAUCUACUGGGAAGUUUUCCCAUGCAAGCCCCAUUGAAAGACCGUGGUCUUAUACAGCUUCCAUAUAUUUCAAUGACACUCAUGGAGAAGAACUUCCUACCGGCUUCUGCCUAAAGGAAGAGUCUCUAAGAUGAAUCUUGAACACAGAAGCAGUUCAGCUACAGGCAAAGGAUGGUUCUACAUUUUUUUAGGUAGGGACAGCCUGAAAUGGCAUUCUCAUUCUGACUUAUCCCUGACACUGUGUGUAUAGCACAACAGCAACAUGCUUAACAUUUUAAACACACCAGCACUGCAUGUUCCCAUGUUACGUAUACACAGGUCUUUUUCAUACAUGAAAUUAGAAAGUAUGUGUUCUGUGAAUAUUGCUCAUGCUGUACACAAAGGAUGGGGAAGGCCAGGGCAGGAGAGAGAUCUUAAAAUCAAAAUUAUAUUCUGAUCAGCUGAGUUUUAUAUUUUCAUUGCAACCAAUCGUGUGUCAUGUGUGAAAAUGCUGGGGGGGAGGGGGGAAGAGGUGUCAAAAACACCAGCACCUUUCUUUACCUCUCAACAAGUCACCAAAAUGUUCCAUUAUUUCAUUCUCUGUACAUAGUAAAACAGUGUUUUGUUUCCAAA